GUAGGUGCUUGGCCCAAUCCCACUAUAAAAGCACCUCAUUUCUUAUCUGUGCAAAACCCUAGCAGCAGCAAACAGAAGCAGCGUCGAGCACCGCCACUUCUUUGUAGGGAGAACCACCAGCACCGCCACAAUCAACCAUGACAUUCAAGAGAAGAAACGGUGGCCGCAACAAGCACGGCCGUGGUCACGUUAAGUUCAUUCGCUGUUCCAACUGCGGCAAAUGCUGCCCUAAGGACAAAGCUAUCAAGAGAUUUCUUGUGAGGAACAUUGUUGAGCAAGCUGCAGUUAGGGACGUUCAGGAUUCUUGUGUUUAUGAUGGAUAUGUUCUUCCUAAGCUGUAUGUGAAGAUGCAAUACUGUGUUUCAUGUGCCAUUCACUCCAGAGUUGUCAGGGUUCGCUCUCGCACUGAGCGCAGGAACCGUGAACCACCACAGCGCUUCCUCAGGCGCAGGGAUGACCUGCCAAAGCCUGGACAGCCAGGUCAGACCGGUCAAGUAGCUCGUCCUGCAGGUGCCGGUGUUGCUGCUAGGACCUAAGUGUCGAAUUCUUUCUGUUCUAUGUUUUGUUUUGAAGUUGCUCGUUAAAUUUUCUAAGGAAUGAAAUUUGCUGUCUCAAUCUUUUUAAGUUAGACAUUAAGGAUUAUAUAUGUUAUCUUGAAAAUUUUUGAUCCAUGAGAGUGCAUUAUGACAUUACUUCACUUAUGCUUUAUGGCAUGAUGAAUCUUUACAAGUUCUUUGUGAUA